AUGGCGAUGGCGAUCAACAUCCCUAGCACCCUUGACUCCAACGGUGGAUUCCAAUUGCCCAUGCAAUGCCUCGAUCAACGGGGGGUGGUUGACGAAAUUGGAGUCGCGACGCGAUUGGAUUACUUCGGUCGCAAAAUAGGCGAUAGACGGGAAACUCCAUGGCAGAGCUUCGAUUAUCCCACGAACACAUUACUUCCUCACAUGAAAGUCGGAGUGGACAAGAAAACUGGGUGGAGCCGGUUUCUUUCGGCGUGGAAGUCUGCGGAUGAUCCCGGCAGGGAAGAGUAUGUGGUGAUAUUGGAUCUGAAAGGGGUGCUGAUCGUUAAGUGGAGCGGUAUUCCAGAAAUGACUCCAAACAUCAACUCCUAUAACUACUUCGACAACGACGAUGAAGUCACGAUGUCGUAUUAG